CCAAGUGAGCGUUCAAUAGCUUCAGCUCUCUCCCUCUCUCGGUUGUUUUUUCGUCCACCUUUCAUGUGGUGGAAGUUGUUUCGUUGACUCCGUUUGAAAUUUCAACUUGGUAGAAGAUUACUGUUCUUCUUCUUCUUUAGUUAAGUGGUGUCUGUUUCUGAAAAAUGUGAUUAUUCUUUCAUGACAGUUAAGUUCUUGGACUGGCAUAAUUUUCUAACAAUAUAGAACCUGGAUGAUCAAACAGUCGUCAUGGGCUUGAAACUCACCACAUCAGUCUCUUUGUGUUUACGGGGUUGAGAUGGUUCUUUAAGCGUCAUGGAUCAUUCAAACCGAACAAUAGUUUUAUACGAAUAAAAAUCCUUCAGUGUCUCCGCUUUCAACAGUUCAAUUCAAUAUGCAUGUAUAUAGUGCAUGUCUUCGUCUGAAGCGCUGUGCAUGUAACCGGCUGAUUGGAUUGUUUAUGCAAGAGGGGUUCUCUGUCAUUAAUUUGAGCUAGAGGGUAGAUGGUUCUAUGAAAUACAAAACCAGUCUUGGUUUCUUAUAUGGUUGAUUACUUUAACUGACUAAGCAAGAUUGGGGACACUUCUGUGGGAUGGGGAAGGAUCGUGCUAAUGAUGUUGUACUCCCUAGCUGCUUUUCUGUCAAGGUGCAUCGCUCAAUGUGCUUAGAACUUAAGAACUUUGUGGACAGAAUCUCACAGAUAUAUCCAGCAAUAGAGUCUGCUCGGCCUCGAUGUACUUCAGGAGUGCAGGCAUUAUGCUCUCUGGUUGUCAAUAUAGAUAAAGCAAAGCUACUUAUCCAGCACUGUGCCAAUUCCAGUAAACUCUACCUGGCAAUUACGGCAGAGAGGAUACUCUUGAAAUGCAAAAGGAUACAAAAUGCUUUGGAUUUAUGUUUAGACCAAAUUCAAAAUGGGGUUCCACCUUUGCUGGCUGCCAAGAUAUCUGGAAUUAUUGAAGACCUCAGGAGUGCAAAAUUUCACCUAGAAUCUUCUGAGGAAGAGGCUGGGAAGGUUGUGCUAGCGCUGAUUAGGCGGGGCAUACCAUCAUCAGACUGUAUUGAAAAUUCAGAACUUGAGGCUCUUCGACUUGCGGCUUCGAGUCUGAAAAUUACAUCCCGGUUGGCACUUCUGGCAGAGAAAAGGUCCAUUAAGAGACUGCUUGAUAAAGUUCAUCAAACUGGCCUGACAAAGGAGACGAUUUUGAAGUGUCUCCUGAGUCUUUUGAGGAAGUACGGAGAAUUAAUUCAGCAAGAUCAAACCAAGGACAACCUUUCUAUGCACAAAGAGAAAAAAUGCCAGUCCACUUAUCCAGAAGCUUUUGUAGAUUGGCACGAGACACAAACACAAGCUGAUGGCAAACCAAAACCUCCCAUUGAAUUUGAAUGCCCCAUCUCUACGAGACUCAUGUAUGAUCCUGUAAUUAUUGCAUCUGGGAAAACAUACGAACGAGUUUGGAUUGAGAAAUGGUUUAGUGAGGGUCAUGAGACGUGCCCAAUGACUAAUAUUAGGCUGGAGAAUCUGUCCCUGACUCCAAACGUUGCAAUGAAGGGCCUCAUUUCAAAAUGGUGUUCCCAGCAUGAAAUCAUUGUUUCUGAUCCACGUCAGCGGUCAAAGUUUUCUCCAGUUUCCUCACUGAAAUGCACAUCCCCCGAAUCUGUUGCUAGCUUUGGCAGCUCCAUGAAUGGCUUGUGCCUUCAAGUUAGCAACGUCUCGCUUCAAUCUUCGUGUACAAACUGUGGUUCGCCUUUAAUUGAUGAUGAUGGUAAUAUUCAUUCAAGUGCUAGGCUCCCUCGAAUGAAAGAAGAAAUUUGCACACGCCACUCGUCCACAAAUGGUUGUAGUAUUGGCUUGGCCUCUCUUACCAAGCUAGCUUCACUUCCCUGGAAAUCCCAAUGCAAGACAGUGCAAGAUGUCAAAAAGGAACUGAAUAAAAAUAACCAAGCAUGUGAUUGCAUGUUUUCUGACACUUCCAUGAAAUCGCUGAUAAAAUUCUUGAAGGUUGCACAUGACUUGUGUGACGUAAGAGCCCAGAAAGAUUCAGUUGAUGUGAUUUUGGCAAUUUUGAGCGAAGACAGAGUUGAAAUGCCUGCUUUUGAUGGAGAUUCAAUAUAUGUGGUAGCAUCGCUUCUUGAUUCUAAAAUCAAUGAAAAAGCUCUUGCAAUCCUGGAAUUGCUGUCUCACCAUCAGUUUUACAAGUCUGCAGUCAUAGCAUCUGGAGUUCUACCUUCAAUCCUGAAAAUCCUUGAUUCUCAGAAUACGGAAUCCCUUGAGCUUACUAUAAAGAUACUUCGUAAUGUGUCCUAUGACGGUGACAUAACAUACCAUAUUGUCUAUUUGGAUUUCAUCCCAAGCUUGGUUCCUUUUCUAUGCGACUACAACCUUUCAGGGUAUUGCCUUACUGUUCUGAAGAACUUAUGCCGGAUCGAGGAGGGUAGGAUUGCAAUCGUUGAAACCGAUUCAUGUAUCACUUCAAUGGCCCAACUUCUUGAAACUGGUAGUGAGCUGGAACAAGAAACCACAAUGGAAGUUCUUUCCCUAUGUUAUGAGGAGCUUGAUUGUUAUCAACUGAUCAAGGGAGGAAGCAUCAUCCAAUCAUUGUUCAGUAUAUCUGUCCAUGGGACAUCAAGAGGAAAAGCCAUUGCCAUGGAAUUGCUCCAGCUCUUGGGGCAUACUACAGAAGGUGUUAGUUUUGACUUGACCAUGGACAUCUCAAGUGGCUCCAGCAAUCACAAUAAAGGAGAAAAAUCUUCUUCCAUAUUUGGAUAUCUGGGAAGGAAAAUCUCAGGAUUCUUACAUUAAAAUCAGUUGUUAUUUUUUAAAAAACUUUUUAUAUUCUUGUGACAUAUCAAUCCUUGUUCCUUUAGUUAGGGUUUCAACUCCGUUUUCUUUUGUUAGGGAUUGACGUUUCAAUCCUCAAGACAGCCUUACACAUUAAUAUCAGGAAUUGUUAGAUGGUCACAAUCAGUGAA